ACGGACAUAAGCAUAUGUGCACACGCAGUUGGGCAGAAACCGUUUCUGUUCAGACACAGAGCUUUUUCCUGUGUCCUGUGACACAGUGAACCCUGCCGCUACUGGAUAUAAUGUGAUGUACUGCAGAGGACGCACACGACAGAGCACUUGGCAUCCAGAUCUUUAAUGACUACGGCGCAAGAUGGCUACCACAGUAAACCAGAGCACAGUAUCCCCAAACACAACUUCAAUGAUGACUAUAGCCUCAACAAAUGACAAGCCACUGAAUAACACCAGUUACCACAUAGCCCUCUUGGUCAUCUACUCUGUGGUUCUGAUCUGUGGGACAAUUAGCCUGAGCCUGAUGAUGCGCAUCAUGAAAUCCAGCACAACUUCCACCAUGUCAAUCGCUGUACUCAACCUGAUCUUUACCCACUUCAUCUUCCUGCUAACGGUUCCCUUCAGAAUCUACUAUUAUGCAACUAAUGAAUGGACCAUGCGCUAUGGGUGGUGUAAAAUAGUCAGCAGCAUGAUCCAUAUCCACAUGUAUAUGUCUUUUGUCCUCUAUGUGAUUAUCCUCAUCUCCCGCCUGUUGACAUUCUACCACAGAGCUUGCCACGUAGCAUCCUUUCAGAGGAUACACGCGAUCUUUAUCAGUGUUUUGGUGUGGAUUAUUCUGCUGAUCGCAGUCCCUUGCAUCAUCCAUUAUAAAUAUGGUGAUUUUAAAAAUGGAUCUCGCACUGAGAACAACACUUGCUUCCAGUUUGGAAAAAACAUAGAAUCUGCCAAGGUGUUCAACUACAUCACAAGCAUACUGAUUAUAGUCAUUGCCACUGUGUUGACAGGCUUCCAAGGCAAUGUUCUCUGGGUUUUAUACAGGACGCACCGGGAGGGAUGCACCUCUCAACAGGAGUUUGGGGCUCAGCUGAAGAGUCUUUGCUUUGCGCUAAUCAUGGUCAUCUGCUUCAUUCCCUACCACAUUUUCCGGCUGUAUUACUUAGAACACAUAGCUGACUUACAGAGUUUAAACGAAAUGCUUCUGAGCUUAACCACUUUUAACUGUUUGGACAUGCUUACUUUCUUGGGGACGCGGACCUGCAACAUAUGCUUCUCAGGAAAAGUUGGAUAAAUGCUGCUGGUGCUGUGAGUGUGUUUCCUUCACUUUUCUUUAAUGUCUGUCGGUGAUUUUGGUUCAGUUCCAUAAAUCCAGGUGAUCUAAUCUGAGAGUAAUAGUUCAAAAUCACAUGAGAACAAAUCAUUUAAAAAAAAUAAGAUAAAAUGAAGGAAAACAAAUAUAUAUUGCAUGUGAAAUAAAAGGUUCAACUUUCAGGUUUUAACAAUCAAUCAAUAUUUCAAUAUAAAAUGUCAAUCUUGACCGUAGGAUUUAUAGUCAGAUAAAAUAUUAUUCCCUUAGUGGUUGUUGUCUCGACAUAUUUGGCUAUGUUUUCAGAAUACUUUUUUAAUUAUCUUGAAAAACAAAACAAAAAACUCACCGAUCAC